AUGACAGAAGAAGUCCCAUCAGCAUCUGGCAUGCCCGAGUGCAACGGGAGUGUACCCCUGGAGAAGGGCCCACUCCAGGUCAUUGGUGAAAUAGCAAAAUCUGUUGGAACGGUCCCUUACGCAAAUGCAGAAAUGAGCCCUGAUGCUCCACCUGCAGAAGAAAAUCAGGAGGAAAAUAGAAAUUCCUUGGCAGAGGAUAUAGUUCAUGGGGAUUUUGAUGGAGAGAAGCAAUGCGAAGAAAAGCGAGAGGAAAAUGAUGGGACACUACAGCAGGGAUCAGCUGAUAUCCAGGACAUGGAGACCGAUGGCCAGGAAUCAGAGGAAGGGCCAGGCAGUGAUGGACUGCCUGUGGGCAGCAGGGAGCCAGUGAUGGGGAUGUUAGCCAGCUCCGUCAAGGAGGCAGCAGAGACCCUCGCAGCCAGCACCGAUGGGAGGGGAAAUGCCACUGAAGAGGAGGAGGACGAGGAGGAUGAGGAGAACGAGGAGGAGGAGGACACUGAAGAGGAUGAAGUUCAAGUGAUUGAAAUCAAGAAGGAGAACAGCGAGGCAUCCCAUCUAAAGCAGUAUGACAGUAGCAAGGAGGCAUCUCCCCUGACCACCCCCGGCUGCAACUCCCCAGUGGAGAAACCAGAGGAACAGCCCAGCCUGGGGAAAAAAAAUGAUAUCUCCAGACACAGCUAUUCUAGGUACAACACAAUCUCCUACCGGAGGAUUAGAAAAGGAAACACCAAACAGAGAAUUGAUGAAUUUGAAUCCAUGAUGCACUUAUAA